GCUGCAGAAGAAGAUAGUUGUGAUAUGGAAGUAGCAACAGCACCACCACCUUUUCUGACUCACUCCAAGAAUAACGAGUUGGCCUCUGGCAGUGAAACUUGUGUGAAUUCUAUGUCCCAAGGUUUCCACCAAGGGAUCUUCAGCUUCUCUAAUGGAUUUGACAGAUCAACAACAACAUCACCACAUCACCACCACCAACCACAACACAUCGCACAACAGAGCCGGAGGGAUAAACUAAGGGUGCAAGGAUUCGACCCAUCACCACCACCACCACCACCACCACCGCCUCCAUUGGUUGUUAUCGAAGAGGAAGUACCUGGUGAGCUUCCAGGUUACGGGAUGUUGUCAGAGAUGUUCAAUUUCCCAGCUGCAGGGACAACUACUCCCGCCGACCUGUUGGAUAAUCAUCAGAUCCCAUCCAGUUACCGUCUGUCACGGCCAUCACCGGCGGCUAAUGAGUGGUACGGCGGAAAUAGAGCACAAGGUAUGGUGGUAGGUGGUGGAUUGGGUCAUUUGGGAGAUGAGAAGCAUCAUCACCAGACUAAUAGUAAUGACCACCACCGUCAUCAUCAGAUUACAGUUCCAGCAGGUAUAAAUGCGGAUUCAGCUGCUGCCAUGCAGCUUUUCCUCAUGAAUCCACAGCCUGCAAGGUCACCUUCUCCUCCUCCUCCUCCCCCACCUCAACCCACUUCUUCUUCUUCUUCUCACAUGCAAACCUUCCAAUCCGCCGGUGAUGCAGCAGCAGCUGCUGCUUACGGUGAUAGCUCAAUUCAUCACUCGCACUUCACAUGGGCUGGAGGAGAUAAUAAUAGUAGUAAAAUUGGAGGAGUUCUAGACAGCCAAGGGCUUUCGUUGUCUCUGUCGUCGUCGUUGCAGCAAUUGGAAUCGGCGAAAGCUGAGGAAUUAAGUAUGGGUGAUGGUGGGGUGUUGUAUUAUGGUUUAGGAAACGGGGGUGGUUCUACGGCGGCGGCAUCGUAUCCAUCGAUGAAGAAUUUGAGGAAUCAUCAUCCUCACAAUCAGCAUCAUCAGGAAGCGUUGCAUCUACAAGGGAGUUUGGGGAUAUUGGGUCAGAACCAGAACCAGAACCACCACCACCACCAUCAUGGGCAGGUCCAUAUUGCUGGAUUUGGGGGGUCAUCUUCUUUAGGGGUGGUUAAUGUUUUGAGGAUUUCUAAGUAUGCAAAGCCUGCUCGUGAGUUGCUUGAAGAGUUUUGCAGUGUUGGAAGGGGACAGUUCAAGAAUAAUAAGAAGCAUUCUUCUACUUCUAACCCUAACCCUAACCCUAACCCUAACCCUAACCCUAAUCAAGGAGCUGCUGCUGCUGCUGCGUCAUCUCUUUCUUCUUCAAAGGACAUUCCUCCUUUAUCUUCUUCUGAUAGAAUUGAUUACCAGCGGAGGAAAGUCAAGCUAUUAUCCAUGAUUGAUGAGGUUGACAGGAGAUACAACCAUUACUGCGAGCAAAUGCAAAUGGUAGUGAACUCGUUCGACUCGGUGAUGGGUUUUGGGGCAGCAACUCCUUACACAGCUCUAGCUCAAAAGGCGAUGUCACGACAUUUCAGAUGCCUUAAGGACGCCAUAGCAGCACAAUUGAAGCAUACAUGUGAGCUUCUGGGUGAGAAAGAUGGCACAACAGCUUCAGGAGUGACUAAAGGGGAGACUCCAAGGCUUCGGUUGCUUGAAGAAAGUCUCAGGCAACAAAGAGCCUUUCACCAGAUGGGAAUAAUGGAGCAAGAAGCUUGGAGACCUCAGAGAGGCUUGCCUGAACGUUCCGUCAACAUUCUUAGGGCUUGGCUUUUCGAGCAUUUCCUUCACCCGUACCCGAGCGAUACUGACAAGCAUUUGUUGGCACGACAGACUGGUUUAUCGAGAAAUCAGGUUUCGAACUGGUUCAUUAAUGCGAGGGUUCGGUUGUGGAAACCCAUGGUAGAAGAGAUGUAUCAGAAAGAGGCCAACGAAGAAGAAGAAGGAGAAGAAGAGAGAGAUGGAAAUGGAGAGGGAGAAGGAGAGAGAAGCCAACAAGGCCAAAGCAGCAUCUCUGCACAAACACCACCGACACCCACAACCAUAAUAACAGCAGCAGCAACAGUGACAGCGACAGAAUCAGCAUCAGCGUCAUCAGCUACCACAGCAGUCGCAGCAGCAGCAGCUGCAGCUUCAGUGCCACUACUACCUCCAGCAACUACUACUACGAUUACAUCGUCAUCAUCAUCGAAAUUUACUUCUUCAAGGUCCGAAAUCAAUGCCCACCACAACAGCCUCUCAUUCAAUGCAAUCAAUAAUAGACAAUGCUUCUCGGUAAACAAAGCCAAUCAGUCCUCCGCCACCACCACCACCACCACCACCACCACCACCAGAGCCACCGCUGCCCAUAACGACAUGCCUCAGCGUUGUCCGGCGACUCACGUAUUCGAUGACACGUGUCGACAAAAUGUUCAUGGCGGAAUCUUAGCUGCUGCUGACUAUGGUGGGUCCACCGCGGUUGGUACAAAUCUUGGGCCCACACUUCUAAGAUUUGGCACCACCACCACCGGCGAUGUGUCGCUCACGCUUGGCCUUCGACACGCUGGUAACUUGCCGGAGCAGAGUCCGUUCGCCGUUAGAGAUUUUGGGGGUUGUUGAAAAUUGGUUUAAACUUCAUUAUUUCAUUACCC